AUGACCGGAGUAGGGGAAAUCCUCAAAUCGCUGAAUGAGUUUGGGCGGUUCCAGGUUUGGCUGGUGCUACUGAUCACUCUGUCCUCCCCCAGCAUUGGCUUCCACAUGUUUAGCCAGUUGUUCAUGGUUGCGCAAGAGCCCCAUUACUGCAACACCGGUUGGCUUGCCGAUAUCAGUUUCAACCUGACCGAGGAAGAGCGGCUGAACUUAACGCUUCCGAGGAAGCUGGAUGGGACGUUUGAGGAAUGUCUGAUGUACGCUCCGGUGGACCAGGACCUUGAAGCGAUUGUGCGAUAUGGGCUUAAUUCUACCGAGAGGUGCCGGGAUGGAUGGGUAUACCCUUCUAAGCGGGAGCCCUCGUUGGUCACGCAGUUUGACCUGGUGUGUGACAGAAAAGAUCUAAAUGAUAUCUCGCAGUCCAUUUACAUGAUGGGUCUUCUCUUCGGAGCGCUGGGAUUUGGCCCCUUAAGUGACUGGUUCGGACGACGGCCCAUGAUCUUGUGGUCUUUGCUCAUGCAAGGUGUAUGUGGAAUCGCUGCCGCCUUCGUCCCGAAUUUCCCUCUCUACUGCGUGCUCCGAUUUCUCUUGGGCUUUGCUAUUUCUGGACUCACAAUAUCUUCUCUAGGUCUAGGUACUGAAUGGGUUGGGGUCGCCUACCGUCCGCACACGGUCAUUGUCACCCACGUGGGCUUUGCCGUGGGGCAGAUGAUUCUGGCCGGCUUAGCUUAUGCCAUCCGCGACUGGCGGCUGCUGCAGGUGACUGGGUCUGCGCCCAUAUUUAUCCUCGUUUUCUACCUCUGGCUUCUCCCUGAAUCCGCUCGGUGGCUCGUGACCAAAGGGAAGGUAGAAGAAGCCAAAAAGCUUCUCCAAAAGGCCGCUGUGAUGAACAAACGGACCAUCCCAACUGAACUCUUAGAACAGCUCCAACCGGAGGUGAAGGCCAGCUCUGGGAGUAUUCUGGAUCUCUUCAGAAAUCCCCACUUAAGGAAGGUGACUCUGCUCAUGUCAUCAGUCUGGUUUGUCAACAGCUUGGCAUACUAUGGCUUAAGCCUCAAUGUGGGCAGUUUUGGCUUGGAUAUCUACUUGACACAGCUUAUCUUCGGUGCUGUCGAAAUACCUGCCCGCAUCACCUGUAUCUUCCUGCUCCAGUGGCUGGGGAGGAAGAAAUGCCAGGCGCUCUGCUUACUCCUGGGUGGAGCUGUUUGCCUUCUCAUCACGGUCGUUCCGAAAGACUUGCCUGUGGUGAUAACCGUGUUGGCCAUCAUUGGGAAGAUUUCCAUGUCUGGUUCCUUCUCUACCUCAUACGUGUACUCUGCAGAGCUGUUCCCUACGGUCAUCCGGCAGACGGGCUUGGGAGUGUGUUCGGUAUCCGCCAGAGUGGCCGGGAUAAUCUCACCUCUGAUUGGUCUCUUGGAGAAGUACCACACCUCCAUCCCUGUGGUAAUAUUUGGAAGCACAGCAGUGGCUGGAGGAAUCCUUUGUUUCCUUCUUCCAGAGACGCGCGGGAAAGACCUCCCAGAUUGGGUGGAUGACGUUGGAGGGAACAGGAGGACCUGCAAGACCACCAACAUAAGCUUGGAAAACGGACAGUUAAAACCGAAUGAAGACAGUGAGGUUAUUGAACAAACGCUAAGCACUCACUUGUAG